GCGGGCGCGUCGAAGCUCCAGGCCAAGCAGCGGAGCCGCCUCGCGCGGCGGGAGAUCGAGGAGAAGCACGUCGCCGCGACGAAGCUCCAGUCCAGGGAGCGGAGCCGCCUCGCGCGCCGCGAGAUGGACGUGAAGCACGAUUCCGCGACGAUGCUCCAGUCCGCGCAGCGCGCGCGGAGCGCGCGCCGCGCGGGCCCCUGCAUCGGCCACGGCCGGCGCCUCUACCAGGUCAUGGACCGCGGCGGCAAGAAGGUCCUGGGCAUCGACGAGAUCGUCGAGUGCGUCACGAACCGGCCCGAGUGCGUCUUCUUCCUCAAGGGCUGCGACAACGAUUUGCUCCGCGACCUCCUCGCGGCGCCGGACCUCGCCUCCAAGCUCGCGGAGCGGCCCCUGGCGACGCCGGGCUUCGUCACGGCCGACGAGUUCGACCAGGCCAUCCACGCGUGGGCGCGGCGGCCGACGAUGGCCGCGCUGCCCGAGUUCGCCGAGGAGGACGAGGACGGGCCGAACCUCGAGACGUGGAGCUUGGAGUCGCCCGUGCCCAGUGUCGUCUCCGUCGGGUCCUACCCCGAGGCCGACGCCUCCCCCCUCUUCGGCGCCGCGCCCGCGCCCGCGCCCGGCGCGGCACCGGCGCCGCGCGAGCCCGGGCCCGGGACGCGCGCGCCGAAGAAGGCCCGCGCGCGGAAGCCGGCCCCGCCGCCGGCGGCGCCGGCGCCCGUCGUCGUCGUCGUGGCGGAGCCGCCGCCGCGGCGCGAGCUCGUCAUCGACGACGCGCUCGCGGCGGAGAUCGCGCGCGCGACGGACGCGCGCGUCGCGCGGCGCCGCGCGGCGACGCCCGCGGCGCCCCUCGGCGAGGACGUGCGCGAGGCCUUCGCGUCCCAAGCCCGCGACGAGCUCGGCGAGGACGCGCUGGGCCAGGCGCGCGACGCGUUCUUCGGCGCGGACAAGGACCGGUCGUCGACGCUCGACGAAACGGAGGUCAAGGCCGUGCUCGGCCGCAUGGGCGUCUCCGCAGUCGACGAGCUCACGGACUACUUCAUGACCGACGCCGGCG